UACUCCAUUAUGCUGCACCAGGGAUUCAAACUGCCGAACUGCCGACCUUUCUGAUCGACAAGCUCACCGUCUUAGUCACUGUGUCCAUAUCUAAAUAUCCUAAAAUGUCUGGUCUGGCUAGAUAUUUUAUGCAACUCAAUUCCUAUAAGGUUAAUUGUCUACCAAAAUGAAGAACAUCCUAAAAAUUUUUUAGAUCAUACUGAGAAUUGUGGUCAUUGAGAUGUGAAACUACAACUUCUUGCAUUUCUCACCUUAAAUAGUAGAAAUGUAAAUUGUAGCUUGCUGACAUCAGGAAGGCGACAGGUAUUCCAUAGCUGCCCUAAAACACUUCUGACACUAAACAACUAUUGAAAAACUGGUCAUACUUAAAAAGGUUCAGUCCUAUGUCUGAAUAUUUGAUUCAUGAUCAAUUCCAUCUUAUAAAAAAGUGUUAAAUCCUCAUAACUUUAAUAUUGAAAUUUCCCCAAAUUUUCAAGUAUAUUUAUGCAUUCAUAUUCAGAUAUACACAAAUAUUCACCCAUUAAUCUGCAUACAUGUAAAAGUCCUGUUGUUUAGAUUUCUGUGUUGGAUAAUAAGAAUAUUUAAUUUCUUUAGUUUCUGGAACUUUCAUUGUCAUUUAAAUGUUAUUUUACUGUUAACUGUUUGGGAAUUACGCAAAGCCAUUAUUCAGAAAUGAGAAUAAGGAGAAGCAAGUAAGUAUAAUGAAUUAUUCAUGACACCCAAUUAUAUGUUACAGUUCCCAUGUACUUUUAAACUUGUCUUGCCCGCCUGUCUAUUGUGAAAUGAAAUGAUGCGUAAACUCGUAAAAGUCAAGCGGCAGCGCCACACUCUUGGCAGCUGCACGCUCUGAACUUCGCCACCUCUUUUCUGAAAUGAGAAUCUCAAAACACGAAGUUUGGGGGUGUGUGAGAUUUGUAAACCCAUCUAGACUCAUUGCUCUUUCAAAAGGAAAAACGGGGAGAACAAAAGAAACGCUUGAAAUUAAGGCGAUGCAUUUCGAUUAGGCAGUUCUAUUAGCGUAGGGCGAUGGUACAGAGAACAACUUUUAGGGGACCGAGUUCAGGCAUUAAUUUAGCUGAUGAGGAGGGGGCGAGGAAUAGAAAAAAUUUGUGCUGGGCUUGGGAAUUUAGCGCAAGCUGUUUGCGCUAUUUGCGACUUUGCGCAAGGAGCACUAGGUGGCAGUCACCGUCUUCGCUUGCAAAGCGGGAGCCUCUCCGGAGACUUCUGUGUGUACUCGGGAGCUUAUGUGAAAGAGGGAACGAGAAAAGAUUUUCCGAGUAGCCGUCUAGUCGAUCCUAUAGCAUAAACUACGGGUAGCGUUCCCCUACUUCCUCGGCGGUGUAGUAGCAAGUAGCAGCAGCACCCCUUUAUUUAUACAGUAUGCAAAGUCUGGGAAAUAGUUCCCCUUCCCAAUAAUUUCUCGUUCGCUUACCCCCACCCCCACCCCGGUGGCUGCUCCCUGAGAGCGCGCCGCCGCAGGCCCGCCUUCUGCGUCCUCGGACCUUUCAUCUGCGGAAAGUUUUAUGACACUCGGUUGAAUGUGCAAAGUUUUUAAUUAGACUCUCCAGACAGCCCGAGGCGGCAGUAGCGCCACGAAGUCUUCCUGCCCUUCCCCUCUGCUUUUUUGCCCCCCCUUUUGCAGCACAACAAGCCGCUCUACUCCUUUGAAGACAAUGCCGACUAUGUCUACGACGUCAUGUGGUCCCCCGUGCACCCCGCGCUCUUCGCCUGCGUCGACGGGAUGGGCCGAUUGGAUCUCUGGAACCUGAAUAAUGACACCGAGGUUCCAACAGCUAGUGUGACCAUUGAAGGAGCUGCUGCCCUCAACCGUGUCCGUUGGAGUCAGGCUGGGAAAGAAGUAGCAGUUGGCGACUCUGAAGGACGGAUCUGGAUUUAUGAUGUUGGAGAGCUUGCUGUGCCUCACAGUGAUGAUUGGACUCGCUUUGCACGCACUUUGGUAGAGAUCAGGGCCAACAGAGCUGACAGUGAAGAAGGCAACAUGGAAAUAGCUGCUUAGAAGAAAGCCUAGUCCUUCCCUCUUAUCUGUUGAUGAAACCUUCAUUGAGCAUUAGUUCAGUACACUGUUGAUAGCAGUGUUCCUGCCAGCAUUACUCAUCAGGCUCUUUUUUAUAAUCAUGCUGAGCUUAGUAGCCUGGAAGUAUUAUUUCAUCUCACAUUUCUUCUAGUUAUAAAUAAGAAAAAAAUGCAAGGGAAUUAUGUUGCUGCCUAGUUGAUUACUUUAGUAAUUGCAAUAAACAACCCCUAGGUAAACUUGGGUUCAUAACCUUUUAUUUGGCCCAGUCCGGGUAAAUCUAUAUAAAUUCAGAUAUGAUUGGAUGCAGAUGUGAUGUGCUUUGUGACCUAGGACUGGGCCAAAGUUUUUAGAUGUGGUGUUUCACAUGGUGACUUACAUAAUAAAUGGAUGUACUAUAUAAAUAUUGCGAAUUAUUAUCUAUUCCAGUCUGCGCAUGGAACAUACUUAUUUGAAAGCAGUAAAGCAUGUGUAUAAAGAACAUUCAUUGUCUUCCCAUGCAUGUUGGAAUCAUCUUUAAUUCCAAAUAACAAUUACAGGAAGUCACUUUGUAAUAAAAUGGUAGCUGUAAUAGGUUGACCAAAUCAAACUUAAAAACCUAUGAUUUCCUGGAAGUUUAAUAUUUCAUGUUGGUCACUGAUACUUGUUAACAUAUCAGUAGUAACCAUCUGAAUUGGACUGCAAUUGCUGUUACUACUAAAUCAAUGUUGAAAGGUGUGCUGUAGCCAUGUGUUACUCUUUUUGUAUUAAACCUAUCUCUUAACAGUAAAUGAGAGUAUUUGAAUAAAGAGGCUUAUAUAGUUGUAACAUGACUUCCUCUUUUUUUG